CUUAUGGCAAAUUUGGCGGCGGUUUUCGAUGUGGUGUCGAAAAGCUGGCGCGGGGCACCACUGCCGUCGUUGUACAACCCGAACCAAAGCCUUGGUGAGCUACUAUUUCGCGCGCUGCAGCGUGCACCAACGCAUAUAGCACAGAUCAGUGCUGAUACGGGACGUAUGGUGACGUUCCGGGAAUUAUUCCACUGGAGCGUUCGUAUCGCUCAAUCCUUACCGGCCAAGUGUGGUGUUGUGCCGGGGGAUAUCAUAGCAGUUGUGGUCCGUAACGGGGAAAAGGUGGCACCACUGGUGUUUGGUUGCUUCAUGGCUAAUAUCGCUAUUAAUGCGUUGGAUCCAUCGUUUCGUGUGGAGGACUACGAGCAUUUGGUUGGAUUGGUCCGUCCGAAGAUGAUUGUUUGCGAACCGGACUUGGUAACGGUGCUACGGCUUGUAUUUGCUAAACUCUCUUUCGAGCCGCGACUACUAGUGAUGGACGGUUCAGUUGCUGGCUGCAUUACGAUCGAUGAUUUAUUACAACCGACGGGAAAUGAAAAGGAUUUUGCACCGAACCACUUACCUAAUCCAUCCACGGAGCUAGCGUACAUUCUGUGCUCAUCUGGAACUACGGGGCUCGCGAAGGGUGUGUCCCUGUCGCAUUCCGCUUGCAUCGACCGGAUAACUCGAGUAUUCGAGGCCUACGUCACCGAUCGGAUCUUAUGCUUUAGUUCGCUCUAUUGGGUCACUGGCUUCGGGACGUUGCUGGCCGGUACAAUGUGCGGGGCAACGCGUAUCAUCACCCGCGAACCUUGGAGUACGGGCUUAACGUUGGACCUUAUUGAGCGGUACCGCGUCACAAUUCUGUUCCUUCCUCCACCUCAUCUGACGCAGAUGCUUGUUAACGAGACGAUCGGUAUGGCCGAUUUUUCUAGCAUUCGCCAACUGUUGACGAGUGGUGGGCCGCUGCCGGAUGAGAUAAAGUGUUCGAUGGAGCGCUAUCUAACACAUCCGGAAGCUGCAGUGUUACCGUGUUUUGGAUUGACGGAAUUCUGUGGUGUAAGUAUGGGCACCGGGAGACGCUACAAACCGGAUUCCGUUGGUGAGGUGAUUCCGUGCGUGGAAGCAAAGAUCAUUAGUGAGGAUGGCAUACCGCUCGAUUGUGACCAGGAGGGCGAAUUACUGCUGCGGAGCGAUAUCAUGUUUCUCGGUUAUUACAACAACCCGAUUGCUACGAGCGAAGUACUGGAUGGCGACGGUUGGCUGCGAACCGGUGACAUUGCCCGGUACGACGCUGAUGGAAUGUUUUACAUUGUGGGUCGCAAAAAGGAGAUCAUAAAGUAUGGCGGAUAUCAGGUGUCUCCUCUUGAGUUGGAACAAACGAUCUUACGAUUGUUUGGCGAUGGUGUUGGAUCGCUCACCCGUGCCCUGCGGCUAGUGUGCGUAGCUGGUGUACACGAGCGGGGUAACGAUCUGCCAAUCACACUGGCCGUACGCCUACCGGGCGUGUCCAUCAGCGAGCAGGAGAUAGUGGAUGGUGUGGCGGAUGUGGUAGCCGACUAUAAGCGCCUUCGUGGUGGAGUGUUUUUCGUCGACAACUUACCACUGACGUCAUCUGGGAAGAUUGCGCGUAAACGAUGCCGUGAUUUAGCGGUACAACUGUACAAAGAACGGGAACAAGGUGCAGCAAAAGAGGUGAUUGAAUGAGUGACCCGCCACACCUGCUGCUAAAUUAUGCUACUAACUAACGGUUUCUGCACUUAUAAGAUCUUUGAAUAAAACAGACGUU